CGCUUCGAGCACGUAUUCGCGGAUAUAUUCAUCGAAACAGAAACAGAAACAAAAAACGAUACCCAAAAACUUUUGACCGUGGCUAAACAAUCCGUCAAUACGUCCGCGAAUCGUGCGCCUCUCUACGGCUCACAGAUAAAUACAGCAAUAACAAAGGCGGGCAUCCGUUGGAUACAACAACUGCCGCAGCUACAGAUACAGAUACAGAUACAUUGAACAACGCGCUGACUUUGAGUGAUAAUAACGAAAGAUGGAUGGGCCCCUAAGUGUUUGCAGUGCCAGUGUUUUCAUCGAUGACGUUUAAAAUACAUUCGCGCUGAUGGAUAUCAUAAAUUCGGUGUGAAGCAGUCGCUUUCUACAAAAUGCGAAUCGGCGCAUCUACGCCACAGCCCAACUAGAACUGUGACAAAUCAAGUGCCUGUCCGCUGCGGCUAAUUACGGUUUAAAAAUCCGCCUAACGUCAAAAGUCAAGUGAACAGAAACCCUCUGAAGUGCAGAUACGAAUCGCAGCGUUGUCCCGGCCACAAAAUGGAUCCCGACUGCUUUGCCAUGUCCUCGUACCAGUUUGUCAACUCGCUGGCCUCCUGCUAUCCGCAGCAGAUGAAUCCGCAGCAGAGCCAUCCGGGCGCCAACGGCAGCGCCGGUAACAGCGGCGCGGGCGGAGCGAACGGACAGGGCAACUCUGGCGCCGCGACGCCGGGCAGCAAUGAUUACUUUCCAGCGGCGGCCGCGUAUACGCCCAACUUAUAUCCUAAUACACCGCAGGCCCACUAUGCGAACCAGGCGGCCUAUGGGCUGGGCGGCGGAGGCGGUGCGCCGGGCGGCGGACAGUCCAAUCCCGAUAUGGUGGACUACACACAGCUGCAGCCGCAACGUUUGCUACUGCAGCAGCAACAACAACAACAGCAGCAGCAGCAGCACGCACAUGCGACGGCUGCCGUUGUGGCACAGCAGCAGCAGCAGCAACAGCAACAGUUGCCCCAGCAGCAACAACUCCCGCAACAACAGCAGCAGCAGGCGAGCAUCAGCUGUAAGUACGCCAACGAUCCGUCGACGCCUGUUGGCAACAACAACAACAACAACAGCAGCGCCAACAGCAACAACAACAACCAAUCGCUUGCCAGCCCGCAGGAUCUCUCCACGCGCGACAUUUCGCCCAAGUUGUCGCCCAGCUCCGUAGUGGAGAGCGUAGCCCGUUCCCUCAACAAAGGCGUCCUGGGCGGCAGCCUGGCCGCCGCUGCCGCCGCCGUCAGUCUCAACAACAACCACAGCGGCGGCAGCGGUGGCGGUGGUGGUGGCGGAGGCGGCGGUGGCCCCGGACCUGUCAACGUAAACGUAAACGUGCCCAUGCACAGUCCGGGCGGCGACUCCGACUCGGAGAGCGACAGCGGCAACGAGGCGGGCAGCAGUCAGAACAGCGGCAACGGCAAGAAGAAUCCGCCACAGAUCUAUCCAUGGAUGAAGCGAGUACAUCUCGGACAGAGUACUGUGAAUGCCAAUGGCGAGACGAAACGACAACGGACCUCAUACACCCGCUAUCAGACACUGGAACUUGAGAAGGAAUUCCACUUCAAUCGCUACCUGACACGCAGGCGACGCAUCGAGAUCGCGCACGCGCUCUGCUUGACGGAGCGACAGAUCAAGAUCUGGUUCCAGAAUCGGCGCAUGAAGUGGAAGAAGGAGCACAAAAUGGCAUCGAUGAACAUUGUGCCAUAUCACAUGGGCCCCUACGGCCAUCCCUAUCACCAGUUCGAUAUCCAUCCGUCACAGUUUGCGCAUCUGAGCGCAUAGGACGCGUGGCACUUUUCGGGUACUGGUUAGAGACUCAAUCAGUUGUAUCAGGAACCAUAUCAGGCGGCGGCAGCGGCCAGCGUGGCCGGCGGCUAUCAGUCACAGGGCACUCAGGAUCCGACCGCAUCGGCAUCGGUGCUGGGCAGCGUCAGCGUCGGCGCCAACGCCAACGGCGGAUCUGGCAGCAACAUUGGCACCGGCAACGGCUCCAAUUCGCUGUUCAGCUCCGCCGCGGCGGUGGCCAAUGCCAGCAAUACCAAUGCCGACUGCAUUAAAUAUCCUCAAGAGUUCUGAUCUCAGGUUAUCAUCAGG